UCUUCAUGCGAGACUACACAAGGCAAGACACAACGAUCGAAUCAAGCUUGACCUUUGAUGACCCGUGCUCCAUGUUACCCAGGCAAUCAUGCCAUGUCUUGUUGCCUCCAGGUGACACAAUGCUGGUCAAUAUGUCAGAACCGCCGAUAUUUAAUCGGCCGAUAGGCUUUGGCCGCUUGGACAUGAACGAUCCGGCGGUUUUAGCUGAACGAGCCAUGAAGCGGCCCUGCUCGGAGGGCGCCGUCCCCACAGCUCACGGCAAGCAGAAGCCGCGCGGCAAGGCAGCGGAAGUCUUCCACGCCCUGCUCAACUUCUUCCAUCUCUCAGACAAGAAGCAGACGGCAGCCAAGGAUAAAGUCAACCGGACAGAAAUAAUUCCGAGACAGAUCAUCCCAUCGGAACCCGGGGCGAAUCUUGGUAAAGGGCUGUCAAAGUCCUGGUCCUACUUCUCCAAUGAUGAGUUCGUCAUGGUGCAGGACGAUGACCUCAACAUCUACUACAACGAAAGCUACUUUGAGGACGAUUACUUGGAAGAUUAUCGGGACUUUCAAUUCCCCGAAGCAACAAGAAGUCCAAAUCAAACGAUCCGAAUGGGAGUUUCCUCUCUGGUUUCUGGAACAAAUGAUGCAUCUUUUAAAACACCAAAAAGACAAUUAAUUCCAGACAAUUCCAAUCAUCCGGGUUACUCCUAUGUUCGAUCCAGCACCAAGCGUGCAAGAAAGAAGCAUUUUUCUAUGCCUGAUGUGAUUUCUGGCAGCUACAUCCCCGCCUGUAACGAGGAGACCCAGACGGAUGUGUCCUUUGAAGAUUUGUUGCCUGGAGCCCGAUCAGAUUCUCUGGGUCUGAACAUCGCAUUUGAUGUUGCUCUUUGCGACGAGAGCAUGUACUACACCGAUGUGAAGAACGCCCAAACCUUCAAGUACAACACUAGCUUCAGAACACAAACGUCUGAAGUUAAUAACUUCCCAACUCUUCACGAAGACGGCAAUGAUCUGGGUCAGUUUUCUGACGGCCAUGUAUCUGAAAGCGAUUCUGCUGACGUUUUUGUGGAUGCCUUCGUAGAGGACACGUCAGUUCCUUCAACAAAACCUGUAGACAUCCCUGUAGAGACUAGUUGUCCAGGCGCUAAUGCAGAAUCACAAGAGCUAAUCACGACAUCCAGACACAGAUACAGCACAGAGUCUGGUUACGACAGCUAUGGUGUGAAGUCGUCGCCGCCGCUAACAGACCCUCCAGAUCUUGUUCUAAAGUCACAUUCACCUACCAGUGAUAACAAACUAGAGCCAGCUAACCACAUUACAAACUUGGAUGUCAACGUGAAUGAAGAUAAGGCUCUAGAUGAUGUAUUUGAAACUUGUGAACAGUUACCAUCUACGAUUCGACAUCAAAACAUUGAAAAUGACAGCACCAAGAAGCAGUUAUUAAACGUCAAAUUUAGUGAAGCUCCAUCCAUGUCAAAACCUCAAGUUAAUUUAGGAAACAGGAAUAAACUCCAAGAAAAAACGAACUCAAAAGUACCUGAUGUCCCUUCACCUAUUCAUCUUCCCAGAUUUCAAGACUACAAAUUCCCCACCUCCCCGUUACCGCCCUCACCUCUCGUAACCGCCCCAACCCCAAUAUCCUGUAGCUCCCCCCUCCACAAGACCGGCGCCCGACGCUCCUACCGCCACCCCUCGGGCCCACCCUUACCCACAGGCAUCUCUCCCGUCAGACAACGACCUCUGGAACAUUCCCGACUUGACGUCCGGUGCUACGAAAAAUCUAAACGGAAGUUGUGCCGACAUUCCGGAGUUUGCCGAAGUUUCCAGUCCUCCCUCUGCGACACCAGCAGCCACUUUGAUUCGAGUAGUGAGGACGAGCUAGAAGUUCCAGCGCCAUCCAGCAAGGACUACAUCCUGUUGAAACGUUGCGCAGACGCCAUAGUUCAGAGAAUCCCAUCGUUCAAAUCCGUGAAGGAUCUGAUAAAUCUAACACGACUGAUAGAAUAUUUGAACAGUUUUUACAUCAAAGAAAUUUCCAGUUUAUCCAGCCCGAGUGUGAAAUGUCUGGGUGAUUUAAGAAAGAUAAAGCAGGAAGCUUGUGAUAUCUUUAUGGUGGAGAGGUUGACAGUCGAUAACUGCAUCAGCGAGCUACUCAUGUCUGCUUUAGUGGGGCGUCAAAAUGUGUUCAAUUCUUGCCGAGAUUUUGUAUUUGAACACCUCCACUACGUGUCUACCACUAAACACUUUCUCCAGUCUCCCCCAGAGAUCAUUCUCGUGUUGCUAGGUAACCAGAAGUCUAUAGUUCUCGGACCCCGAGGUUUUCCUCUAUCGUACCACGACUCGGAAAAAGAGGUUCUGCGCGCGGUCACGAAAUAUCUCGACGCCAACAAGAACGGGAACUCUCUACUCCACGCCGUGACGAAACAAAUGCUGUACACUGUAGUGGAUCCCAGAUUCCAUCCGUCCCAAGAAAACUGCGGGUGCCAGAGCUUGACCACCAUAGUCAAACGACCGCCGCAUGAAAUUACAUUCCACUGGACGAACGUCCCAGGCGUCACCACCAGACUAGAAUAUCUUCGCCGUCCGAUUUGGGAGACCCCGCCUCAUAUUCCGGACAGAUUCUCUUUAAAAAGCUACGUUCACGAGGAUGCGGCAAGGGUCUGCCACAGUGACUACACGCUACGUAAAAUCUUAUUCACGUACAAGCAACACAACAGCGUGCCCUACAUCACUCAGAUAACUCUGCAGUACUCUCACAAGGGGAGGAAACACGAAUACAGCCUCGGUACGCCUGAGCUUACCACGGGACUGGCUACCAGUGGCAACACGGACUUCAAGAAGUACCUCAUCAGUCAGACGGCGCGAGACACUCCGGACAAACCUCCGCUGCAGAGAGCGGUUGGUAAGGAAAAACCGGGCGAGAAGCGGUACGUUCUGUUGACGCAUCGGCCGGAAGUCAAGACCGCCGCUAAGACGACGGCAGCCAAACUGGCAUCCGGUGAACACGUCACGGGGGUCAUCUUACAGGGGAAUGCAGUCCUCCACAACGUUGAGCUGACGACCAGCAGAGGUAGACGCAUCAGGGCGCACUGCCUGAAGGACUCGUCCAACGAGGGUCUCUGGACGCCCGUCUCGCCGCCCCCCGGCUCGGCGCCCUACUGCCUGCAGGCGCUGUACACGGAGAACAGGUCCUGCGGAUACCUGCGUGACGUAGGCGCAGUGUGGGCAGUCAUGUCCUACCCUGUCAACUGAAUGCACGGACUUCUUGUAAAUAUGUACAUGUGUAAUUAGAUAUUUUAAUUGAAUUGUAUAUUAAGUUGGAUUAAUAGACUUUAUAAAUGAUGCAGUUUCAGCUCAAGUAACUGGUUAAGCUUCUAGAUUCAGGCCGAACGAUAAUUGGGACUGGCUAGUAACUUGUGUUGGAGCAGUGUCUAUAGUGUACUUGUAUCUAAUUCUUAUUGCAAACUUCAGCGAACAUUUAAUGCCAACUUAAUUAGUCUUUUAACCCGUGACUUUGGCUUUGCAUACCAUUAUGGUACGUUAAAUAGUUUGGUAUU